AUGUCGACGCUGAUGCGGCAUCGGAAGACGAAGCACUCGUGGGAGCACACGUGUUUCAUGUGCGACUCCGAGAAGGGCGUGCCCAUUCUCGGACAGAAGAUCAAGGAGCACCUGAAGAACGUGCACAAAGUGAAGAGGCCGUACAGUUGUCGCUGCUGUGAUUACGUGUUUCUCGACUGCACGAACAUGUACGGACACAACAGCUCGAUGAAAACGGUGGGAACGCUCGGGAAGGAGACUAUCUUGGCGAGGAGCAAGUACGCGCCGGGCGAGUUGCUCAGGGAUGCGAAGCGAAACUGCGAUGAUUCUGCAGAAGACACUUCACAGGCGGACGGUGUUCCGACGACGGAGAUGUCCGUUACGGACGAACGAGCGACUGGAACAGACGACGUGGCGGACAAUAAAAAGGUAAUAAUUCGAAAAUGUCUCAUUUCACCUAAUAUCGAAUGGUUUUCAGAGUGCGCGCGAGAUUGGAAGGUCUCAAAUCGAUAAUGGAUCCGUCGAUAAGAGUAAUAAUAAUUAG